AUGGUUAUCGAUAGCAUCAGCUGUGCUUCAGGCCUGAGCUUCCCCCGAUAUCUCCAGGAUAUACCCUCAUACCUGAACAUACGAACUGAGCCUGGACGUAUCCUUUACAGUGAGGGCGUCUAUAUUGGAUAUCGAUAUUAUAAGUUCGCUGACAAGGAGGUCAACUUUCCUUUCGGGUACAGCCUGUCAUACACCGACUUUAAGCUUUCGAACCUCCGGGUCUCUCGCACGGCGCAGGGAGGUGAGGUGAUCGUGACCCUCGUCGUGGAGAACACAGGCCAGGUCGCCGGUGCUGAAGUCGUCCAAAUGUACAUCAAGCCACGGCAGUCAAUGAUCAGUCGGCCAGUCAAGGAACUGAAGGGAUUCGCCAAGGUUCACUUGAAUCCCGGUGAGUCUAAGGAAAUCAGUGUCAAGGAGCUUGAGAAGUAUGCCGUAUCAUAUUUCGACGAGGAGAGAGAACAAUGGUGUGUCGAGAAUGGUGAGUACGAGAUUAUCGUCAGUAACACGAGCGAUCUCAAUAGCACCACUUGUAUCACAGGAAGCUUCACAGUAGAUAAGUCUUAUUAG